AAUGGAAACAAAUGAUUCUAAAUUUAAACCAAAUAUUAUGUGUCAAAUGGACGUUUGCGACAACCUAAAACAACCAGAAAAUCAACACAUAAAAGAAUUAGGAUUACGAUUUUUUACUUUUCCAUGGAAAAAUCCAGAUAUUGUUGAUAGUUGGAUUAAAGCCUGCCAGAGAACUGAAUUAGAAAAUGUUACGCAUUAUCAUCUCAGAAACAAGUCUAUUUGUAGUGAUCAUUUCAAUGUAUCAGAUUUAGAGGAUGAGAAAGAACUCAUAUCUUCUGAUCUUAAAUUAUCAGCUAUUCCUCGAAAAUACAUAGAAAACAGUCUUUCCGAAGCCUUAAGAAGUUCAAAAAAUAAAAAAGAUGAUGCAGUCGUCGGAGGUAUAGCCCCAGCUGGAAAUCAUAAUACUUUAGUAGUGACUGGAGAUGAUAAUCUACAAAAGUUUCUACAAUCAGCUAAUUCGAGUAGUAAAGUGGUAUUUGUUAGGGCACCGGGUGCCCAAACAAGCUCAAAUUUGAAGUUUGAAACAGCUAUUUUAAAUACUCGACCGAUUGCGCCUGCUCGAACAAUUCCACCACCAACUAUUCGCAUAUCAAAUCCCAGACCUAAUUUUGCACCCGUCCUCAAUAUGGUUAACAUUGGAGGAACGGAUAUACCAAUUGUUAAAAAAUCAGUUGCUACUCCUAAACCGAAAAAUACAGUUGUUUUUACACCUUCAACGCCAUACUCUGGAAGUAAUUCUAAUAUUUCAUCUAUAAGGGAGUCGAAAAUGCUCAAAGCUGGUCAAGGAGCAAACCCCGAUCAGGUUAAAAUGCUAAUGGAGAAACUUAUAAAAGUCGAUAAGACUGUUUCAGAACACGUAAAAGAAAAUCAGAAGCUUAAAAAACAAUUGAAUACUUCAAAGAAAAAAGUUACGAAACUAACGAGACAGCUAGCUGUUUGCGAAAAAGCUCUAAGGCAAGAGCGUGCUAAGGGAUUUGAUAUCAGUCAAUUUACUCCAAUGCAAUUAUGCUUCUUCCAAGAUCAGGUUAGAUCUGCAAGUUCAAGUCAUCAUGGCAUGAGGUGGAGUGCUGAUACUAUUCAGUUUGCCAUGGAUAUAUAUUCUCAAAGUAGGGAUGUCUACAAAAUGAUGUGUGCUGAAUUUCGAUUACCCAGUGAAAGUACCGUUAAAAGACUAUCUGAACAGUCAAAAGUUUCCAAUAUUAGCGACAAAGAAAAGAGUGAAAUGGAAGUUGAAGCCACCGUCGCUGAAGAAUCUAUUGAAGACGAUGUUGUUCAAACAGUGACAGUUGUAACAGAUAAUGAUAUGGUAAUGAGUCAGGAAGACGUACGUGCUUUGAUUGCAAGCGGUGAGAUUCAAGUUGGACUGUCGGAAGAAGUUACCGUAGAAGUAAUUGAAACAUCACCAACAGGCAUUAGUUAA